AUCGAAACCAACAGUCAAAAAAAAUUAUUGUAGUUUUUCCUACGAUUUUCUGUAUAUUAUACUCAUUAUAUGUCACAUUUAUAAAAUGUAACUCAUAAAUUUUAAUACACGUUUUUAUUGCCGUUUAAGCUUUGUACACAUGAAGACACAAGCGCAGUCAUUAUAAAUAUUUAUCUCAUUUUAAAAUGGUUUUUUUUAAAAUCUUUAUACAUUUAUUUGUACAAGUUUUAUUGACUUGUAAUAUUUUCACAAAAAUAUAAUACAAUUUUUGAUCAAAAAAUUUUAGUGAACAUAUAAAUGACCAAAUUGUUUAGAAAUUGCGCAAACUAGUUUAAAGUAUUAGCUUUUAUUACAUCUUAGAAUAAUAGUUCACUCUUAAUCAGUGAAAUAACUUAUAAAUAAAAAUGAGUUUGCUGAAUCAAUUGAUUUUUUUUAUUAGUUUUUGUUUAGCUUUUCAAGAGAGUCUCAAAUUGGCACAAGAUCUUAAUCCUACAUGUGUUGUUUGACAAUAUACAUCAUAUGAGAUAGAAGUCAUGGCACUUAUAAAUUUGGAAGCCUUGUUUCGUGAAUGCGAUUAUGACUUAUGUGAAAUUUGUCAUCUAUUGAAACCAGAAAUAAUUUUAAAACCUUGUUUACACCGAGUGUGUGUAACUUGUGCUUUUGAAGCGAAAAAUAUAUGUACGAUCCCAUCAUGCAAAAAAUGGACAAAUAAUUUCGAAAGUUUUAAUGAUAACGGCUUAUGUUACUCUUGCAAAGAAGAAGCAUCUACAGUAACAACGUUUCCUUGUUUUCAUAAAGUUGGCAAUAUUUGUGCUAAUGAAUCAUACUCACCUUUUCAUAGAUGUCCACAAUGUGGCAUCAAAGCUAGUUAUUUUUUUAAAUUAGUAAGACUGAAAAAUGAUUGCCAAAACUGCAGUGACGAACUUGCUGUGAAAAAAAUGAAGCAUUGUAACCAUUUUAUUGGACAGAUUUGUAUAAAUAGAAACAAAACUAAUAAGUGUCCAGUAAAAAAUUGUAAUCAUAUUCAAGAUCAUUCUUCGGAAAAUGACAGUGAACAAACAUGCUGUAUUUGUCGAUUAGAAAAAACAUUGAGUGUAACAUUAAGUCCAUGCUAUCAUAAAAUAUGCAAUGAUUGUGCUAAUGAGCUAUCACUCCAAAAAAAUUAUAUAUGUCCACUAUGCAGAGAACCAAUAAAACGUUUUAAAAACAUAGAGUUAAUAGAAAGAUGUGCAUGCAAAGAAGAACUUCGACACGUUGUACUAAAACCUUGCCUUCACAGAAUAGGUAUAAUCUGUGCUGAUUAUAUUAGUAAUAAAAGUGAAUAUCAUCCAAAGUGUCCAAUAUGCCGCGUAAAAGUUGAAGAAUUCUGUCACGAUGAACCACUCAUAAGAAAUGCAUUAAAUCCAUCAAAUUUAAGGCGUAUGAAAAAUGUAACGUCACAUUUUUUGAGUGUAUACAAUUUAUUAGGUUUUUCUAGAAUUGAAUACUAGUAAAAUAAAGAAGGUGUAUUGACAAGAAGAAAAUUAUUCAGGAUUUUUUUCUUGAACAAUGUACAUUGUAAAAUUUAUAAAGUUUAGUAUAAUUAUAAACAUAUA